UCUCUAGUGACCCAGGCAGGUGUCUGUCUAGUGACCCAGCCAGGUGUGUCUCUAGUGACCCAGCCAGGUGUCUGUCUAGUGACCCAGCCAGGUGUAUCUCUUGUGACCCAGCCAGGUGUGUCUCUAGUGACCCAGGCAGGUGUCUGUCUAGUGACCCAGCCAGGUGUGUCUCUAGUGACCCAGCCAGGUGUCUGUCUAGUGACCCAGCCAGGUGUGUCUCUAGUGACCCAGCCAGGUGUCUGUCUAGUGACCCAGCCAGGUGUGUCUCUAAUGGGUGCAGGGUUAGUUGGUAGUGAGGUUUUAAUGGGUGCAGGGUUAGUUGGUAGUGAGGUUUUAACGGGUGCAGGGUUAGUUGGUAGUGAGGUUUUAUGGGUGCAGCGUUAGUUGGUAGUGAGGUUUUAAGGGUGCAGGGUUAGUUGGUAGUGAGGUUUUAAUGGGUGCAGGGUUAGUUGGUAGUGAGGUUUUAACGGGUGCAGGGUUAGUUGGUAGUGAGGUUUUAAUGGGUGCAGGGUUAGUUGCUAGUGAGGUUUUAAGGGUCCUGGGUUAGUUAGUAGUGAGGUUUUAAUGGGUGCAGGGUUAGUUGGUAGUGAGGUUUUAAUGGGUGCAGGGUUAGAUGGUAGUGAGGUUUUAACGGGUGCAGGGUUAGUUGGUAGUGAGGUUUUAAUGGGUGCAGGGUUAGUUGGUAGUGAGAUUUUAAUGGGUCCAGGGUUAGUUGAUAGUGAGGUUUUAAUGGGUGCAGGGUUAGUUGGUAGUGAGGUUUUAAUGGGUGCGGGGUUAGUUGGUAGUGAGGUUUUAAUGGGUGCAGGGUUAGUUGGUAGUGAGGUUUUAAUGGGUGCAGGGUUAGUUGGUAUAGUAGUGAGUUUUUAAUGGGUGCGGGGUUAGUUGGUAGUGAGGUUUUAAUGGGUGCAGGGUUACUGGAAGGGCCACUUUUCUUCGUUUUCACCUCCCCUUUGUGUCACAGUGUUAUGAAUUGACACUCCAGAACAGUAGGAUACAGGCCACACAGUAGGUGGCAGCAUAUACCUCUACCGAAUGUUUGCGGACCGUCAUAAUACCAUAGAAAAAGAAAAGAGGAAGAGACUCACAAACACGCUUUUCCAUGUAUGAAGCUGAUAUUCAAUGGCCUAAUGGCAGUACUGCCAAAGUCAGGGUUCAAUUACAGUUUUUUACAUAUCUAUUUUUGCUAUCUCUAUUGUCUCUGUCUCCCCUGUGUCUUUAUCUCUAUUGUCUCUGUCUCCAGUGUGUCUUCAUCUCUAUUGUCUCUGUCUCCCCUGUGUCUUUAUCUCUAUUGUCUCUGUCUCCCCUGUGUCUUUAUCUCUACUGUCUCCCGGUGUCUUUAUCUCUACUGUCUCUGUCUCCCCUGUGUCUUUAUCUCUACUGUCUCCGUCUCCCCUGUGUCUUUAUCUCUACUGUCUCCGUCUCCCCUGUGUCUUUAUCUCUACUGUCUCUGUCUCCCCUGUGUCUUUAUCUCUACUGUCUCCGUCUCCCCUGUGUCUUUAUCUCUACUGUCUCCGUCUCCCCUGUGUCUUUAUCUCUACUGUCUCUGUCUCCCCUGUGUCUUUAUCUCUACUGUCUCUGUCUCCCCGGUGUCUUUAUCUCUACUGUCUCUGUCUCCCCGGUGUCUUUAUCUCUACUGUCUCUGUCUCCCCUGUGUCUUUAUCUCUACUGUCUCUGUCUCCCCGGUGUCUUUAUCUCUACUGUCUCCAUCUCCCCUGUGUCUUUAUCUUUACUGUCUCCCCGGUGUCUUUAUCUCCAGUGUCUCCAUCUCCCCUGUGUCUUUAUCUCUACUGUCUCUGUCUCCCCUGUGUCUUUAUCUCUACUGUCUCUGUCUCCCCUGUGUCUUUAUCUCUACUGUCUCUGUCUCCCCUGUGUCUUUAUCUCUACUGUCUCUGACUCCCCGGUGUCUUUAUCUCCAGUGUCUCCAUCUCCCCUGUGUCUUUAUCUCUACUGUCUCUGUCUCCUCUGUGUCUUUAUCUCCAGUGUCUCCAUCUCCCCUGUGUCUUUAUCUCUACUGUCUCCCCGGUGUCUUUAUCUCCAGUGUCUCCAUCUCCCCUGUGUCUUUAUCUCUACUGUCUCUGUCUCCCCUGUGUCUUUAUCUCCAGUGUCUCCGUCUCCCCUGUGUCUUUAUCUCUACUGUCUCCCCGGUGUCUUUAUCUCCAGUGUCUCCAUCUCCCCUGUGUCUUUAUCUCUACUGUCUCUGUCUCCCCUGUGUCUUUAUCUCCAGUGUCUCUGUCUCCCCUGUGUCUUUGUCUCUACUGUCUCUGUCUCCCCUGUGUCUUUAUCUCUAUUGUCUCUGUCUCCCCUGUGUCUUCAUCUCUAUUGUCUCUGUCUCCCCUGUUUCUUCAUCUCUAUUGUCUCUGUCUCCCCUGUGUCUUUAUCUCUAUUGUCUCUGUCUCCCCUGUGUCUUCAUCUCUAUUGUCUCUGUCUCCCCUGUGUCUUCAUCUCUAUUGUCUCUGUCUCCCCUGUGUCUUUAUCUCUACUGUCUCCCCUGUGUCUUUAUCUCUACUGUCUCUGUCUCCCCUGUGUCUUUAUCUCUACUGUCUCUGUCUCCCCUGUGUCUUUAUCUCUACUGUCUCCGUCUCCCCUGUGUCUUUAUCUCUACUGUCUCCGUCUCCCCUGUGUCUUUAUCUCUACUGUCUCUGUCUCCCCUGUGUCUUUAUCUCUACUGUCUCCGUCUCCCCUGUGUCUUUAUCUCUACUGUCUCCGUCUCCCCUGUGUCUUUAUCUCUACUGUCUCUGUCUCCCCUGUGUCUUUAUCUCUACUGUCUCUGUCUCCCCGGUGUCUUUAUCUCUACUGUCUCUGUCUCCCGGUGUCUUUAUCUCUACUGUCUCUGUCUCCCCUGUGUCUUUAUCUCUACUGUCUCUGUCUCCCCGGUGUCUUUAUCUCUACUGUCUCCGUCUCCCCUGUGUCUUUAUCUUUACUGUCUCCCCGGUCCCUGUUCCGUUCCCUGUCUGUGUCUCUAUCUCUGUACCGUUCUCUGUCCCGGCCUCUUCUUCUGGUCUGA